AUGGACGACCAAGUGAACCGACUAGUCGAUAAAAUCUGGAACAAAUUCCAAUCCACACCCAAAGACACCCGCCUAUUAAUCGCCAUCAGCGGGAUACCCGGCUCAGGCAAGACAGAACUGGCUACCAUGAUGGCCAACCGCAUCAAUCGGCGCUACCUAACGCAACACCCCGAAUCACCACAAGUCGCAACCAACGUGCCCAUGGACGGCUACCAUCUAACCCGGGCACAGCUAUCCGAGAUGCCUGACCCGGCGUAUGCCAUCGCGCGCCGCGGCGCAGCAUUCACCUUUGACGGGGAGAAGUUUCUGCAGCUGGUCCGGGCGCUGCGGGAGCAGGUGACGCCCGAGACGCAGAGUCUGUAUGCACCGAGCUUUGAUCAUGCGGUAAAGGACCCAGUUGAUGACGAUAUAUUGAUCCCGGCGUCGUGUCGGGUGAUAUUCUUCGAGGGGAAUUACUUGAGUUUGAACAAGGAGCCGUGGAAUCGCGCGGCGGAGCUGAUGGAUGAGUUGUGGUUUGUGGAGGUGGAUUUCGAGGUUGCGAAGAACAGGUUAAUUAGGAGGCAUGUUAAGGCUGGGAUUGCGAGGGAUGAGGCAGAGGCGGAGAAGAGAGUCUUGGAGAAUGAUUUGGUCAAUGGGAAGGAGAUUGUUGAUUAUAGAUUGGAUUUGCAAGAGCUGGUUGUCAGUCGGUAUGAUCCUGCGUGGGAUGCGUGA